CUCAUACAAACACACUGCCCGACCCUGUAAUUCACAACCAUGUCGUCCGCUGCCAGUGCAGACCUCGGCCGGGCGCUCUGUAUCAUCACCGGGGCCUCCAGGGGCUUCGGCCGGACCGUAGCGAGGGAGAUGUCUCGGCUGGUGAAGCCGGGCUCGGCGCUCGUGCUGACGGCCCGCUCCGGUGAUGAGCUGCGGGCUCUGCAGGCGGAGCUGACCGGCUCGGAGGCAGGCAGAGCGGGGCUGCGGGUGGAGAGUGUGGUGGCAGAUGUGGGACAGAUGGAGGGACUGCAGAGCGUGCUCCAAGCUGCUAAAGAGGCUUCUCCCGAGGACGUGGAUCACCUCAUACUGGUCAACAACGCUGCCUCUUUGGGUGACGUCUCCCGCUAUGCCAAAAGCUUCACCGACAUGGCCGAGGUGGACUCUUACUUGUCCCUCAAUGUCAGCUCCUCCCUGUGCCUCACCGCCAGCGUCCUGCAGGCUUUUCCACAGCGUGCGGGUCUGCGGCGCACCGUGGUCAACGUCACUUCGCUGUGCGCCCUGCAGCCUUUCCGCUCCUGGGUGCUGUACUGCACCGGCAAGGCUGCCCGGGAGAUGAUGUUCAGGGUGCUGGCAGAGGAGGAGCCGGACCUGCGGGUGCUGAGCUACGCUCCAGGGCCUCUGGACACAGCCAUGCAAGAGGUGGCCAGAUCCAAAACAGCCGAUCCCAACCUUAGGAAGUCUUUCUCAGACAUGUUUUCUCAGGGCCAGCUGCUCACCUGUGAGGCAUCCUGUGCCAAGCUGAUGAAGCUGCUGCUGGAAGACAGCUACACAUCAGGAGCUCACAUCGACGUCUACGACCUGUAGACACAGCACAAGUACUUCAAGCCAUUCAGCAUUGGGCCAGUUUAAUUCUAUG